GGCGAACUAAAAGUGCAAAAACCCGAAGACCUCGAAACGAAGAAGAUGACCGGCGACGUUGCCGCUAAUCCACCGCCUAUCGCCGCCGAUACGACACCGGAGAACCACCAGCAGCAGGUGGAAAAGCCAUGGCUGGCCUACAUUUCAGAAGAUCUGCCUCGUACGGUCCAGGAAUCCGCCGAUUCCGCCCUUCGCUCCGCCCGAUCGCUGCAGCACAACUCCUCCACGCAAGUUCGAACUCUUAAGGAUCAUGUACUACAAUACACAUCACAGUAUAAGAGUUAUGAAGAUUUGGUCUUCAGUAGAAUCAAAGAUCAAGUCAAAGUUGCAAGAGAGCACUCGGCAUUGUCUGCUGGAGUUGCAAUUACAGCCGCUCUUCUUCUAAUGCGAGGCCCUAGAAGGUUCUUGUUUCGUCGUACAUUGGGUCGAUUUCAGACUGAGGAGGCACGGAUUGUGAAAGCUACAAACAGCGUACAUGAUCUAACCCUUUCGGUUCAGUUAAUGAAGAAAGAGAGCGAAAAGCUACUUGAAAGAGCUGCUUUUGCUGAGAAAGGGAUGACUUAUGGCUAUGGUGAACUAAGGAGUACUGGAGGUCAGAUUAAAAGUCUUGCUAAAUCGGCUCACAAAGUUGAAUGUCAAGCUAACGAUCUUGUGGAGGAUUUGCGAGAAAUUCCCGGUCGAGAAGCUUUGCGACUGAGAGGAGAGGUUGCCAAUAUGGCGUCAACUCUAAAAGACGAGAGGUUUGCUAUGAACAAAAGGAUAAUGAAAAUAUCCGAAUUAGGUAUUCGCCUAUGAAUCGUAUCGCCACUGUGUUGCUAAAUUACCUCAACGUUUGGACCCACCGAGAUUCUCUCAUGGUUACUCUGCAUCACUCUGUUUUGGAGAAUGAAAAUGAUGCUUCAUAGCUUGCAAGGUUUGAGUUUGUUUUGAUUGAUAUUUAGUGCUGUUAAUAAUGGCAUGCUGAUUAUACAAUCAGUCUUUCUUAAUGGCCAAAUCCAAAACAAUUAUAUGAUGCUACUUUUUGCUAUUAUUGUUAUAGAGUUAAAAACUUUACUACU